AUGAAACAUUUAAUAAAAAUAACAUAUCUAUAUCCCAACCAGUUAAAGCAAAAUUUCGGUAUUAUUCAGAAAGUACAUCUCGCAACCGCCGCAUAUCAAUUCAAAGUGGAAAGACCAAUUUAUUAUCCCGAUCGUCGAAAUGAAAAACUUCGUAUUGAUGGACAACAAAAAUCAGAAUUGAUUACCGAAUCGAAACAACCAAAACAAUUGCCCAAAGAUUACUACUAUAAGGUUCUGGGACUUCAGAGACAAGCAACAACGCAAGAGAUAAAGGCUGCUUACUAUGCGUUGGCAAAACGUUUUCAUCCUGAUUCAACAAAUUUUAAAGAUAACAAAGAAAUUUCGAAACGUUUCGAAGAAAUUUCAAAUGCCUACCACAUUCUUACCGAUGAAACGAAACGUCUGGAAUACGAUCAGUUAGGUCAAGUGAGAGAUGAAGAACAAUUUCUAAACAAUAUGAAUACAAAAAAUCAUGGAAAGGAAUAUACAAUAAAAAUACCAAAUGUUUUGAAAAGUUUUAAGGAUUUGACAGCCUCAAAAGCUACUUCAAUACCAACAAUGACGGCACCAUCAAUAAAUGAUGAUAUACGUCAUUUUGUAAAUUCUGAACAAAAACUCGACAUUACGUUUCUUGAGUCAGUGCAUGGUGUUAAGAGAAACAUUGAUUUGAAAUAUUUAAUCAAGUGUCCUCAGUGUAAUGGCAACUCCCUACGGAUGGCGGGAAGAACUAGUGUUGAGCCAUGUCGUAAAUGUAAUGGUUAUGGACAACUAAAGAAGAAAACAGCAACCUAUACUGCCGUCUCCGUAUGUGACCAAUGUAAUGGAAAGAGAUUUGUAAAUCGCAAUCAAUGCGACCUCUGCGAAUGUCGUGGAUUUGUUCAGGAAUCUAAUAGAAUAACAAUCCAUAUACCGGCAGGAGUAAAAACUGGUGAUGUUAUGUCCGUGGAAAAUUCUAAAAAUGGUCAACGACUUAGCUACCGCAUACAAGUUCAAGAAUCCGACUACUAUCAUCGGAUUGGUAAUAAUGUUGUUACCGAAAAAUAUGUAAACCUAACUGAAGCAAUACUUGGCGGCACAGUUAAAGUUCGUGGUAUUUAUGAGAAUUUAGACUUGAAAAUUGAACCGGGCACAGAGUCACACACAAAAAUAACACUAAAAGGAAAAGGUAUUCGUAGCCGGGGAGAUGGGGCUGGCGACCAUAUUGUUGUGAUUAAAAUUCGUAUACCGCGCAACUUGACCAUGAAACAGAGGCAAUUAAUUUUGGCUCUGUCAAAAACAGAAAAUCCAACAUUCGAUGGUACAAUAUAGGA